AUGUCGGCGAACAGCCUGGUGCUGGGGCGGGUGAUCGGCGACGUGGUGGACCCGUUCUCGCCGGCGGUGACGCUCCGCGUCUCGUACAACGGCGUGCGGGUCGUCAACGGCGAAGACCUCAGGCCGUCGGCGGUGGCGGCGAGGCCCCGCGUCGAGGUCGGAUCAGGAGACGACAUCCGCGACUACUCCUACACGCUCGUUAUGGUGGAUCCAGAUGCUCCAAACCCAAGCAAUCCCACGUUGAGAGAGUACUUACACUGGCUGGUUACAGAUAUUCCUGGUGCAACUGAUGCAAACUAUGGGCGAGAGGUGGUGUGCUACGAGAGCCCCCGGCCGGCGGCGGGGAUCCACCGGGUGGCGGUGGUGCUGUUCCGGCAGAUGGCGCACGGCACCGUGGGGCAGCCGCCGCUGCUCCGCCACAACUUCUCCACCCGCAGCUUCGCCGACGACCACGGCCUCGGCGCGCCCGCCGCCGCCGCCUUCUUCACCUGCCAGCCCGAGGGCGGCACCGGCGGCCGCCGCUUCACCCCGUUACGGUCACCGCCGGCCGGUCAAUGA